GCCAAAGCAAUGGCAUCUCCCGCUGCAAGCCCGGCCAUUGCUCCGGCGUUCCUCGCGCUCGUCGCCACCCUCGCCGUGCUCCUCCCCGCCGCCGCGGCGUGCCCGGUGGCCGACCGGGACGCGCUGCUCUCGAUCCGCGCCGCGCUGUCGGAGGAGCGCCUCGGCGUGUUCUCGUCGUGGACGGGCACCGAGUGCUGCAUCAACUGGUACGGCGUGAGCUGCGACCCCACUACGGGCCGCGUCGCCGACCUCUCCCUCCGGGGCGAGGCCGAGGACGCCGUCAUGGCCCCUGCCGGCCUCCCGGCCUCCGGCGUCAUGUCCGGGUACAUCUCCGACGCCGUCUGCCGGCUCGACCGCCUCUCCUCCCUCAUCCUCGCCGACUGGAAGCAGAUCACCGGGCCCAUCCCCUCCUGCGUCGCCACCUCCCUGCCCUACCUCCGCAUCCUCGAGCUCCCCGGCAACCGUCUCACGGACGAGAUCCCGCCGUCCAUCGGCAGCCUCUCCCGCCUCAACGUGCUCAACCUCGCCGACAACCUCCUCUCCGGCGCCAUCCCGAGCUCCAUCACCUCCCUCGCUUCCCUAAAGCACCUCGACCUCGCCAACAACCAGCUAACCGGCCGGGUCCCGUCCGACUUCGGCAAGCUCAGCAUGAUGAGCCGCGCUCUGCUCGGUCGGAACCGGCUCUCCGGACCCAUCCCGUCGUCGGUGGCGUCCCUGCCCCGGCUCGCCGACCUCGACCUCUCCGAGAACCAGCUCACCGGCGCGAUACCCGACGGUCUGGGGUCGGGCCACGUGCUCACCUCCCUCUACCUCGGCGCGAAUCGGCUGUCGGGCAGGAUUCCGGCGAGUCUGCUCCGGAACAGCGGGCUCGGGAUCCUGAACCUGAGCCGGAACGCCGUGGAGGGCCCAAUCCCGGACGUGUUCACGUCGCAGUCCUACUUCAUGGUGCUGGACCUGUCGCGGAACCGGCUCACGGGCAGCGUGCCGCGGUCGCUGGCCUCCGCGGCGUACGUCGGGCACCUGGACCUCAGCCACAACCGGCUGUGCGGCACCAUCCCCGCCGGCCCGCCGUUCGACCACCUCGACGCCGAGUCGUUCGCCAGCAACAUCUGCCUCUGCGGCCUCCCGCUCGGCAAGUGCACGUGAGCCGUCCGAUCGACCGGAGCCAGAGGCUUGCUUACUUGAUUGGCUACUUAAUACUGUACUGCAGUGUGGUGUGGUGUGGUGCACCGUACGUGUACGACGCGUAACGAACUUAACAUUCGUGUAUGGGCCACGUUGUUGGGCCACGUUGUGAGGUUGGCUAACCUGGGUAAUCGUAUAGGUCUGGGUAUAAGUGACAAUUUGGGGGGGGGGGGGGGGGGGGACG